AUUACUCCCCUCCCUUACCUCUCUCUUUCUCCAGAUUCACACUCUUUAUAUUCCCAUAGCACCUCCCUCCCUCCCUCCCUCUUCACAUCACAACCCUGCUCUUUUCUUAUUCUUCAUUAGCUCUCUCCUUCGCUCUGGGUUUUCUUUAUUCUUCGUCCAAAUCCUCAUAAUAAUCAAAGAUUCCAACUCCUUCCAUUUGGUGGAAGUUACAGUGUAUUGAGUACCUUUUGUUUCUUUUUUUUGUCAAUAAUGGCAGAGGAACUUAGACGAAACCCGAAACCUGAAUCAGUUUCGGAAGAUGCUCAGCCUGAAAUAAAGAGAAACAACUUGCCAAAUUUUCUCCUAUCAGUUAGACUCAAAUAUGUGAAACUAGGUUACCAUUAUUUAAUCUCCAAUGCCAUGUAUCUGGUGCUCAUUCCACUUCUGGGUGUUGCCUCUGCUCAUCUUUCGACUCUUACAAUCCAAGACUUAGUUCAGCUAUGGAACCACCUAGAGUUUAAUUUUGUCUCUGUAACACUGUGUUCUGGUCUUAUAGUUUUCUUGGCUACUCUUUACUUCAUGAGCCGCCCAAGAAAAGUGUACUUGGUAAAUUUUGCUUGUUACAAGCCAGAAGCAGCUCGCAUAUGCACGAGAGAAACUUUCAUGGAGAGAUCAGCGCUGGCUGAGAGCUUCACCGAAGAGAACUUGGCCUUUCAAAAGAAGAUCCUGGAGAGGUCCGGGUUGGGGCAAAAGACUUACUUGCCUGAGGCUGUGAUGAGGGUUCCACCAAACCCGUGCAUGGCAGAGGCAAGGAAGGAGGCUGAGACUGUGAUGUUCAGCGCAAUCGAUGAGCUCUUGGCCAAAACUGGGGUUAAAGCCAAGGAUAUAGGGAUCCUUAUUGUAAACUGUAGCUUGUUCAAUCCAACGCCGUCUCUCUCUGCCAUGAUAGUAAAUCACUACAGGCUAAGAGGGAACAUAAUGAGUUAUAACCUUGGUGGUAUGGGCUGCAGUGCUGGGCUUAUUUCCAUCGACCUUGCCAAACAGCUUUUACAGGUUCACCCCAACUCCUAUGCUCUAGUGGUGAGUAUGGAGAACAUCACUCUCAAUUGGUACUUUGGCAACGACCGAUCAAUGCUUGUCUCAAACUGCCUCUUCCGAAUGGGUGGUGCCGCCAUCCUUCUCUCCAACCGAGCAUCAGAUGGUCGCCGCUCCAAGUAUCAACUCAUCCACACAGUUCGUACUCAUAAAGGUUCAGAUGAUAAAUGUUACAAUUGUGUGUUCCAGAAAGAGGAUGAAGGUGAACGCAGGAGAAUUGGUGUUUCGCUUUCUAAAGACCUUAUGGCUGUUGCUGGAGAAGCCCUUAAGACCAAUAUCACAACUCUAGGGCCAUUAGUCCUUCCAAUGUCAGAGCAGCUCUUAUUUUUUGCAACUUUAGUGGCGAGAAAGGUCUUUAAAAUGAAGAUCAAACCAUACAUUCCAGAUUUCAAGUUGGCUUUUGAGCACUUCUGCAUCCAUGCAGGAGGAAGAGCUGUUUUAGAUGAGCUAGAGAAAAAUCUUGAUCUUACUGAUUGGCACAUGGAGCCUUCAAGAAUGACUCUUUAUAGGUUUGGUAACACUUCAAGCAGUUCUUUAUGGUAUGAAUUGGCUUACUCUGAAGCCAAGGGGAGAAUCAGGAAGGGUGAUAGAACAUGGCAGAUUGCAUUUGGUUCAGGAUUCAAGUGUAACAGUGCUGUGUGGCGUGCAUUGAAGACAAUCAAUCCAGCCAAAGAAAAGGACCCUUGGAUGGAUGAAAUUGAUGAAUUUCCUGUUCAUGUGCCUAAGGUGGUGUCCAUUAAUUCAUCUUGAAGCUCCAUCGAUCCAUUUAAUCAUCCUUCCUAGCAGCGAGAUUGUGUUUUUAGUUUAAUUAGCAUUUGGUUGAUAUAUAUGCAUGAAAACAAGGUGAUUUUUUUUUUUCCCUGAUAUUGUUAAUGGAUCCAAGCAUUUGUAGGAGGAUUACAAGCCCAACGAAAUUAAAAUUUGUCAAAUAAAAAAUACUUGAUAAAUACAUUAGUGUACUAUAUAUAGUUAUAUUUUGCAACAA